AUGCAACCUCUCAGGGUCCUCCUAGCCAGUCUGGUGAUCUUCCCAGUCCUGACGGUCGCCGCCCCUUCGCCAGCAUCCUCCGUUUCCCUCUCUUCCAAGGUCAUCGGCCAGCUUCCAGACGGCACUUGGCUGGAGAACCUCGCGGUACGGCCCAAUGGCGACAUCCUCGCCACGCUCCUCUUCCCCUACGGCGCCAUCUACACCAUUCGACAGUCCCCGCAAGGCCCGAAUGGCCUGGAGCUGCUUGCCAACUUCACUUUUGUCGAUUCCCUCGGUGGCAUCACUCCUGUAGCGGUGCCCAGGGGGCUUGAAACUUAUGUCGUAGUCGGUGCCAAUACGACUGGCCUGUCUCAGCCCAUCCCUGGCACGUUCAGCGCCUGGACCGUCACCUUUCAGCCGACAGAGCGCCAACACGUCCGCAUUGACAAGGUCAGCGACAUGAGCCCCAACAGCAUCUUCCUCAACGGCGUUGUCAGCAUCCCCGACGUCCCUCACGCGGUCCUCGUUUCCGACUCUGCAGCUGGCAGCGUCGGCCAUCUCGACAUCCAGACGGGCGAGUUCGACCCUGACGCCUUUGUCUUCCCCGAGAUGCAGCCUCUUCCAGGCAGUGCUUUUCCACUGGGCAUUGACGGCAUCCGUAUCCACGACUGUCAUCUCUACUGGACCAACGCUUUCCAGGCCACCAUCUACCGCGUUGCCCUGGCCGCCUCUGGUUAUCCUGCUCUAGGCGCUACACCAGAGAUGGUUGCCAACUUGACGUCGCUUGCCCGCGGCCUUGACGACUUUGCUUUCGACUCUCGUGGCAACAUUCUUGCCGCCACCAACUUUGACAACUCGGUCUUGUAUGUUGACGUGAGCACCGGAGACGCUGGGACUAUCUUGGGCGGCGAGGACGACAUUACCUUUGCUGGCUGUACGAGCGUGUACUUUGGUCGGGGAUGGGCUGAGCCCAAUAUUUUCUUUGUGAGUACAUCGGGUGGGUUGGCGAAUCCUGUUGGUGGAAACAGAACAGCUGGUGCGAGUAUUGUGUCUGUUGAAAUGUGUGGCUUCGCGGACUUGAUUGCCGGUUGA